AUGGACGCUUUAGCUGGCGUUAUGAUCCUCGAAUAUCGACAAAUCACCGCACAUGAGGCGCAGCAAAAGGGGUUCGACGACAGAUUUCCAAGUUCCUCAAUAGAGAAAGAUCAUACCACGUCCCUUCAUCUCUUGUUCAGACAAUCCAUAUUCUCCGCUAUGAAAUACCUCUCUUGUGCCCUCUUCGCCUCCGUGGCUAUUGCCGGGCCGCUUCUGUCCCGUGCGCCUCCCAACAGCGAUGUAGUUAGUCGUUGCGAGAACGCGGUCAAUUGUGAGACAUAUCAUGACGACAAUGGCAAGCUCAAAGUUCGCUUCAAGGAAGGCCAAGAGCCCGGGACCGACGCCUACAAUCAGCUUCACAAAUUCCGCAAAGUUAAACGUGACGGUGCAUCUACCAGCGUGACUCUUAGCGACUCAACCAUAUGGUGGGGUUGCGACAUCGAUGUUAUUCAAACUCUGGAUCAUAUUGGUGAUAUAUGCAAGACCUCGGGCUCGUGCGUGACAAGUGAGCCCUGGACCACUGAUGUGAAGUAUGUGGAUCCUGGAGACGUUCAACCCGAAUCCGACGUCUUGAAAAUCAGCGCCACAGGACAUUACCCCCCAUGGUUGCGCAAUGGUAUCGUUGAAGCGGUGAAGGCGACAUAUUCCGCCGAUGGUGUGAUCGAUUCGCAAACUACAGAAUACUCUGCAAUUACUGGGCCCAGUGAUUACAUGGGCGGGCCAAAAGUAUCCAUGCAGCAAUGCAAAACAUCGAAAGCACCCCAAGAAAUUGAUAUAGGGUUUUUUUCCGCUCCCAAUAUUAUGGAGGCUACUAUCCAAGUCAUUGUGACCGUCGAACAAGUGGAGAACGGAUUUUGCUCUAAAGGUCUGCCACUUGCAGCCGCCGUCACUUCAGCUUUUGGGGCAUGGGGUGCUGGCAUUGCAGCUAUAUUCGGAACAGUCUCUGCAACAUGUGGAUUGUAG